AUGGCUCCUCCAAGUGUUCUCAUGGUCGGCACAGGCGAGUACACCACUGGGUUCGUCGGUGGUGGCGCCUCCGGGUCAGACAAGAAAGUCGGCGUGGUCGGACUGACCAUGUUCGACUUGCGACGACGAGGCAAAGUCGGCAAAUUGAGCAUGGUGGGCGUGUCUGGACGAAAGUUUCCUGCUAUUAAGCAACACCUCCAUAAAAAUAUUUCCGAAGUCUACAACGGCCUCGACGUCUCCUUUGAGUCAUUCCCAGCCGACGACCAGACAGACCCGGACGCGUACAAAGCCGCCAUUGACGCUCUCGAGCCAGGCUCAGCAAUCACCAUCUUCACCCCGGACACAACCCACUACCCAAUCGCACUGUACGCCAUCCAGCGCAAAAUCCACGUGCUUAUCACAAAACCCGCGACAAAGCUUCUAGAAGACCACUUGAAGUUACUCGAAGAAUCUCGCAAACAUGGCGUCUUCGUCUUCAUUGAGCACCACAAGCGCUUCGACCCCGCCUAUGCCGAUGCGCGCGCCAAAGCCCAGAAACUGGGCGACUUCAACUACUUUUACAGUUAUAUGAGCCAACCCAAAUUUCAGCUUGAGACUUUCAAGGCCUGGGCUGGAAAGGACAGUGAUAUCUCAUACUACCUCAACUCGCACCAUGUGGAUAUCUGCGAGAGUAUGGUCCCUGAAUAUACGCCAGUGAAGGUCACUGCGUCGGCUAGUACGGGCACAGCGUGGGAUUUGGGAUGUGUUGCGGAAACAGAAGAUACCAUUACGUUACUUGUGGAUUGGAGGAAGAAGUCUGAUCCAAGCCGGGUGGCUACGGGUGUUUAUACAGCGAGUUGGACAGCGCCGCAGAAGGCGGGUGUUCAUUCAAACCAGUACUUUCACUAUAUGGGAUCCAAGGGUGAAAUUCGCAUCAACCAAGCCAAGCGUGGCUACGACGUCGCAGACGAUGAGCAGGGUCAUCUCGUCUGGUACAACCCAUUCUACAUGCGCUACGCCCCCGACGAAGAAGGCAACUUCGCCGGUCAAACAGGAUACGGCUACAUCAGCUUCGAGAAAUUCAUCGAUGCUGUCACGGCGCUCAACGAAGGACGCGUAACGCUCGACGAACUCGACAAGAGGGGAUUACCUACAUUGCGGAAUACGAUUGCCACCACUGCGAUUUUGCAUGCUGGUCGGAAGUCGUUGGAUGAGAAGAGGAGUGUGGAGAUUGUUAGUGAUGGGUCUGAUAAUGGCUGGAGCUUCAAAUAG